AUGACGACACCAAACACCAAUAGAUCUUCUACCGAUACCCACGACAGUAACUUUUAUAGCAUAAGCGAAGCAAACGACAAUGAAGACAUGGAGUUAAUUGCAGAGCCCUCUAGCUUUGUGAAAGAUGGCUGUGUGAAGUGCAAAACUUCCAAUGUACCCGUUUGCCAUAUAAAAUUGAAACAACUAGAGAAUCUCAAGAACAGCACUAAAAAGCUUUUAUGCUUAUUGGAAGAUGUGCAGGCAAAAACUCAUUCCACGGCGCUGGUUCCUGAUGAUCCGCCGAAAAUGGCCGACGUUUUAAGACCUAUGGCCAUUUGGGAUAUUGAAAAUGUGGAUAUGAUGGACCGGUCAGUGACUGAUAUAAUCGGUGCCGCAGCCAUGAAAAGAUUGGAAAAGCAGACUGUAGAAUUGAACUCUAUUAUUAUUAGAGACAAAGAUGACGAUUGUUCAGUAUACAAAAGACUGAUCAGAAAGUGCCACUGCCUGAACCAGCAAGAAUACAACGACUUUAUUAUCCAUUUUAACGAAGAGACGAAAUUUGGCACUAACACAAUUGGAGAAAUCAUAAAAAACAUGUAUAUUCUUAAACGGUUUUUAUACAUGGGCAGCAAAUAUACUAAAAAUUCUUUGCUGUUUUUGAACCAGGGCCUAGAAGAAGGCACUUAUGCGGAAAAGUCGGAGAUCAUACAAGCAUGCGCUUUCGCUGAUGUCUGCUGUAUAUUCGAUACACACACCAUUGUGACUGUGUGCAUUUCUUGGCCGUGUAAGAACCCCAGUUUGAUAGGAGCAGAUACGCAGGAGAUGACAGCAAAAUUCCUAUACAAUCUCUCAAGACUCGAAGAAGGCCGACGAUACUUAAAUUUCAAUGCAAAAAUAACGUGUGAGAUCAAGAAGCUUCUAAAGAAAAAACAAGAUAAAAUAAGCUGUGACACCGUAGAAAUGCUAAAUUCGGUUUUAAAUACAUGCCAGCCGCAGGUUCAGCAUAAUGGAAUGAGUCUAACUUACCACUGUCGGCCAAUGCAAGAAGGUAUCGGAAACAAGACACUGAAUGCACUGAUAGCCUAUCGACAGCAUAUGACUUUAAACGAAUUGUUUUUGCACUUGGACAUUCUUCAAAAUCUAUCUGGAAAUGAAGAAACGAAAAAGCAACUCACGCCACACUUGCCAUCAAUGUUGAGCUUGUUCAGAAAUAUGCUCCUAGAGCUUAAUAGCAGUGACAUAAAUAUAAUAAUUACAAAUAUUAUGACUAAUAUAGUGGGCGACAGUGUUGCGAAAAAUGUAAAGGAAAGUCCAAACGCCAUAUUAGGCGAAACAAUCACAUCAUGCAUAGCAACUGAGCCAAUUCAGAAGAAAAACAAGACAAUCCAAGUGCCUCUGAAUAAAGGGAACCACAAAAACCAGAGAAAGACUCAUCAUCACUCAAAUCAUGUACCCGCCGUCGCAUACAUUCAGAAAAAAGUAAUACAAAAAUCAGAAAACCAAGAAAUCAAUAAAACGAGAAAACCAAACACGCCAAAAAGCGUUAUUAGACCAAAAACCGCUCCAGCUUUAAACGCCGACAAAGCUAAGAAUUUGGCGUCAAUUAUUAAACCAAACGUUAAUGUUUUCCAGGGAGAAAACAAUAAAACUUCUGUAUACACGGCUUUUAUCAACAGGUCAAGAAAAUUCAUGGGUCUUUCGUGGGGAGAUAACAGCAAUGUUAUAGUGGUACCCAUGGAUGAAAAAAGUGAUUAA